CGAGGGGAGACGACUCCAUCGUCAGCGGCGGAGCAAAGCAAGGGGAGCCCCGGCAACAAGGAGAGACACACUCACACACACUCACACACACCCUCAGCAGCCCAUUACACCCUCACAGGAAUGGUGACAGCACCUGCAGACAGACAGACGUGGACUGACAGAGCGGGCACCCGGUACACUCCCCUCCGACUGGUGGAGAAAUCCAAAGCACGCUUCCGGAUUUGCUGCUCCUAUUGGUCGCUGGCCCUCAACUGAACUGCAGGCUCCACCCACCCAGACCAGCUAGCCCCGCCUCCUCCACUCAGGGAUUGCUGCCGCCCUGAGACCAAGCCUCGCUUUCUGGGCCUGUCUGGAAGCCUCUCCAUGGGCUGUACCACCCGCUGACAAGCCAGGGGGGAGUCUGGAGGAGCUCUGCUGAAUGAGGUGGGUGCUGUGCGUGGGAAGGCUCGCUCUCCCAGGGAAAUGAUUCCACAUGAAGUGGGACGCGCUCGGCCCCCCGUCGUGCCCGGCGGCAGCAGCAGCAGCAGCAGGUGUGACUCCUCCGCGGCUCUCUCCCCUACGACGCUGAGCUCGCCCUUCAGACACUGAAGACUCAACAGAUAACCCUACCCCCCCCCCAACCCCUCAGACCACAACCUCCAUAUCUUCAUCUUAUCAGUCCUUCCACGCUCGCGUUUUUUCUUUGAUUGUCUUUUUUUUUCUCUCUCUCUCUCUUUUUUUUUUUUUUCUUCUUUCGGGAACUUGGCCCCCCGUUUCGUCGCCUCAGCAGAGUCCCGGAAACACUGCAGCCGUGUGUGAAAGUUGACAGGAAAAGGGAAAAGGAGGAGGAGGAGGAGGAGGAGGAGGAGAUUACCAUCAGGAGUUGGUGAGGUUGAGUCGUAGCCGGUGAAAAAAGAGGAGACGGACUCGGGUGGAAUUAUCAAGUGACACACAAGGUGACAGGAAAGUGAAACAGACGGUCAGGGAGAGAGGGUGGCAGGAGACAGAAAGAGAGAGCUAGACGUCCGGGUAGAGUGAGAAAAAGUAAGUGUAUCGCAGAGGGACGCUAGGGCGACGCCAGCAUGAAAUCCAACCACGAGCGCAGCAAUGACUGCCUGCCCCCGAAGAAGCGGGAGAUCCUGUCGAGCACGUUGGCAUCCGACGAGCGCCCCCCGGCCAGCGACAGCCAGCGCACGGAGAACCUGGCUUGGCUCGCGAGUGUGGCGGGUGGGCACGAGAGCAGCACCAGCGGGCGCCGGGGUGCCGGUGAGUUAGACGGACCGCAGUACAAACCCCUCCACUCUGUGGCAGACUGCUCCUCAGCCUCUUCCUUGAGGCUGGUCUCGUCUCUCCCUGCGGUUUACACAUCCCCUCUGCCGCAGUCCACUGUGGGAGGGACGAUCCACUACACCCAGCUGCCCCCCAACUUGCAGUUUAUCGCUUCUCCAUACCCUUCUCCGUACACUGGGUACAUCUCUCCUCAGCUACUCCCGCCCCCUCCUCCACCCCCUCCCUUCUCCUCCUCUUCCUCCUCUUAUUCCUCCUCCUUGGCCCCCCAUAGAUCCACACACAUAGAGACAGUCUCCGCUCCCUCUCAGGCUUCCAAACUGGACCAGCAGCGGGUAUCCUCAGGACGCACCUCCAUGCCCCCACCCCACACAGACUCAGUCCCCCACCACGUCCAAGUGGCCACCUCACCACUAAGCACAGCGCCCCGGACCGUACCAUCACCCCACCACCAAGGUGGCAGCCAUCUCCAUCCACUUCCUCCACACCCCCAUCACACAAUGGGACAUGGUAUGUCGCAGGUCAUGGUGCAGUAUGCCGAUGGGCCCACCAGGAAAGAGGAGGGGACGUUGAGGCCCAGAGAGCUUCACAACGGUGAGCUGGAGAGAGGCAGACGGUUUGGACUGCCACCAGACUCUGUCCACUCCAAGGCGGGACACAAACCACGGGAUACCUUGUCUACUACAUCUUCAUCGGCGUAUGAGGCCCGCCAGCUGGUCCUGCCCUCUGACUACACUACCCAUGAUCCCUCAGGGCUAAGAACCUCCUUCAUGCUAAUGCCCAACAGCCACGGGGACCACCAGCUGGCUCCACCGAGGGUCAGUGCUGACAAGCCGCUGACCCCUGCCCCUUCAGAGAAAGGCGGCAUCGUCCUUGGCAAGCCUGUCAACCGCAUCCCCUCUUCCUCCACCUCUUGCUCUUCCUCAUUCACUUUCCCACCCCCACCAAAUGUUGACAACAUGAAAGCAGCUGUCACCACAUUAUCACCCCACACUGUCAUCCAGACCACCCACAGCACCCCAGAGCCCCUCUCACUGGGCCUCCCCUCCAGCAGUAUCUACCCACAGCCGCCUAUCAUUGGUUACAUCGCAGGAGGGGGCGGGAGCCAGCAGCAGCCAAUCAGCUACCAUACCGGCCUCCCACAACACCUGCUCAUUCCUGGCGCCCAGCCGGUUAUCAUACCUGUCAGUGGGGGUGGGGUCACCGCACUGGAACCUGCCGCUACCCACGUGACUUCAUCGACCCAGUCCCCUUCUUUCCCCAGCAUGCUCCCGCACACGUACAUAGCUGCCCCCACCCCCAAAGGAGAGACCCUGGAAAGCAGCAGCGUCCCCUACCACCAGGCUCCAGCAGGCGCAGUGGUCCAAGCCCAGCUGCACCUACCCGUCGUUCCUGCCCCACCGGGACUGAUCACCUCCACCGCCCUGCCUCCCACAUCUGGCCCGGUGACCGCACCCCCGUCGCUGCCCCCGUACUUCAUUAAGGGCUCCAUCAUCCAGCUGGCCGAUGGAGAGCUGAAGCGUGUGGAAGACCUAAAGACGGAAGACUUCAUCCAGAGCGCCGAGAUCAGCAGCGAGCUGAAGAUCGACUCAUCCACUGUGGAGCGGAUCGACGGGAGCCACACUUCGCCCAACUUCGCCGUGGUUCAGUUCUCCGUCGGGGAGCACCGCGCUCAGGUGAGUGUAGAGGUCUUGUUGGAGUACCCUUUCUUCGUCUUUGGCCAAGGCUGGUCAUCGUGCUGCCCUGAUCGGACCACCCAGCUCCUAGAGCUGCCAUGCACCAAGCUCUCUGUGGGCGACGUCUGCAUCUCGCUCACCUUAAAGAACCUGAAGAACGGAUCUCUGCGGAAGACCCAAUCCCUGGAACUGGCUGCCCCCAACUCUCUCGCAACCACUGGCCACAUGCAUCUCAAACCCCCCAGAGCUGUCCUGGAUGCCCCCCAAUGCGGCAUCGGAGGAGGCUCCAGGCACGGGGACCAGGAGAAUGGCGUCGGCCAGCGGGGUUGUGCUGGGAGCGGGACAACUGGGCCAACCACAGCUGAAAACGGGGAACUCAGGUUUGGGGAACGAGGUUUAGUUACAAAAGGUCAGGGAGCUGGUGCCGGUAAGCCGUCAGUGGGCAGAAAGCGGAGAUGGUCUGCCCCCGAGGGUCGCAAGGUGGAGAAAACAGAGGAGGAGCCCCCCUUGACCCUUCCUAAACCUUCUUUUAUCCCACACGAGGUGAAAGUCAGCAUCGAGGGCAGGUCAAAUAUUGGCAAGUGAAGGCAAACUGGACUGUUCAAUAACCCAGGGGAUUUGGAAAAUCAAAAAAGGAUUCUACAAAAAAAAAAUAAUAAUCAUGAAUGCCCGCAUUAAUGUUUGAUUUCUUUUGUUUUUGAAAUUUCAGUUUCUGUUUUUAUUUCCUAUCUUGAAUACUGUACUGUAGAGGCAAAUUUACCCUACAUGUUACCACCUUACAUUAAGUUCAGGUAGUUUAUAACACGUUAUAAUGGAUGGAUUUGGUAUUAUUACCCAAGCAAUUUAUGCCGAUGUUAUAUGAUUUUCAUUGGAAGGAUUUGUGAGCUGUGCUAGGUGUUUAAUGGUGGUUGUGUGGCACACAGAAGCAUUGCUCGAUGCCUCUGGUUGGCUGGCUGUAGUUAUACAUUGUGAAAUUUUCAAAGUGAAAUAGCACAUGGUUAGUUACUUGACAGUGUCUUGCACUACAUGGUGAGGCUCCUCAGCAGAAUGUCUGGAGUGAAUUUUUCUCCCAUAGGAUCUGGUUGUGCCAGCGGUGUUUCAGUCAGCUGCAGGGAUGAUAUGAGCUACGAAGAAUUUGUUGGUAAAGUGAAAAAAUCUUUAAUUCUCAUUGAUGAGUGUAGCAAAAUACUUCAGUGGGAGAAAUUUGUUAGGAUGAUGUCUCUCUCCCUGUUUGAAGCAUAAAUGUGUGAUCAAUAUGUCAUCAAGCAGUGCCAGUGUGCCACACCAUCAGGAGAAAACGUGUUUGUUGACAGUGGAGUCUAUACUUUAAUUUUGCGCAUUUUUAUUGGAUUUUUUUUUUUUUAGUUUUUUCUGUCAGUUUCCCCCCUCUCUCCUAUCUCAGCAGAUGGGUUGACACUUUGUUAAGUAUUAUCUAAAACUUCAAUCAGGGGUCAUUUUGUUUUAGAUAGAACCAACGUGAGCCAAUGUCAACAAAAACGUGAUAAACCCGAAAACUAACACAUACAUUUGCAAACACACUGGGUUGACUGCUUCACCUUGAGAAUCGGUUGGAGGAGGACAGGAGAUGAUCCUCGUCAUUUUUGAUGCGACCGUCAACUACUUUAUCACGUUCUUUAACCAAGGAAGGUUAUGUUCAAGUAAAACUGAGAGGGUUUGCAUGUCAGUUCUGAGGGGGUCAGGAUGUUGCUUCAAGGCACUUAACACAUCUGUCACCGUCACCAUGCACCAUUAUAUACCGACACCAAGGUUAUUUAUCCAAAUUUUUGUUGUCUCUACACUUAAUACCGUACUGUAUGUUUUCUUUAUUGUUUAUCUUUUUUUUUCUUUUUUUUUUUUUUUUACUAGACAAGGGGAGAAAGUAGCAACAGCACUUUGGAAGGGUGAAGGGUCUUUCAAUAAUGGGAUAGUCGUGCCAAUGGUUGACACUCAAGGAAAGGGAUGAAAUGUGACAGGUAUUGUGUUGAGUAGAUGGAAAGAGAAACUUUUUGAGAGGGAGUAUAAAAAGGAACCGGAAAUUGAAAAGAUUAUUCACAGAGAUAAUCCAAACGCGUGGUCAUACGAUCAACCAACUGUGUCAGCUACUGCUUUUUUUCACUUGAGAAGUGAUUAAAUGGAUCCAAAAGAUAGGGAAAGCGUUGGAAUGUGCAGAUCUUUAAGUUUGUGGAUUGGUAUAAGGAGGAAAUAGACAAGGGUGAUGGAAUAUCCCUGUGAUUUUUGUUACCAGACUGAGAGCAGUGAUUUGAAGCUCAGGCCACAGAAUAUUGAAGGGUGUCAUAUAAAUGAUAUGUUUGUAAUCUAAGUGUGUAUUUGCUAGAGUGUGCACGAAUGCCGGUCUAUGUCCAUACACAUGCACACACACACACACACACACACACACACACACACACACACAUAUAUAUAUACAUGUGCAUACACGCUUUAAAGGAACAUAAAGCUUGAGCUCCCACAGCCACACAUGCAAACAGGCUAACCCUUAUAUCAAAUGACAUAAUAUGUACUGUAUUUGUUGAUAAGCAUUCGUAUGUACUGUAUGCAAGUGCUUACUUUUCGGUGCAUAUUGUCCUUACCGCAAAAGGAACUAGUCGAACUGCACUUGGUAAGUGCACAUUCAUAAUAAUACAAGUAAUACAGAAAGUGCUCUGGUGUGUGUGUGUGUGUGUGUGUGUGUGUGUGUGUGUGUGUGUGUGUGUGUGUGUGUGUGUGUGUGUGUGUGUGUGUGUGUGUGUGUGUGUGUGUGUGUGUGUGUGCGUGUGUGUGCAUAUGCAUAUUUGUGUCUGAAUGUAUGUAUAACGUGUACAGGAAAAUGUUGUCCUCACGAUAUAUAGAAAAUGUUAAUGUCCUGUGUCUCUACUUGUCGUUUCUACUUAAGAGAACCUUGCAAUUUGCACAUCAGGAGGAGGGGGGUCAGGCGGAGACAAGAAUUAAAAAAAAAAGUCCUGUCAGGAAGUGAGCACCUAGACCAGACAUACCAUACACCAGUGGAGGGCAGGGAUUGGAUAGUUGUAAAUCCCCCCCCCCAAAUUCCUGCUUUGACACCACAGUCAAAUAAACAAAAAAUGCUGGUGAUAUAGCAUUUGCAUUUUGGAACUAGCUGGUGUCCCUUGCUACAAGCUAGGCUGUUCACCUGUUGUUACUAAUUGAUUCUGAUCAGGGGAUGCUAGUACUAACGUAGACUGCUGGAGGAGAAUUGCAGAAACUUUUCAUCUCAGAUCCUCAAACAAAAACAGCAGCUUAGAGUAUAAACUGCCAUCGCCACAAUUUACCUUCAUUCCAUAAUCCUGAAGUAUUUUACCCUUACAUGAAGGUAAAAUCUAGACUACCCCCCCCCACACACACACAGGGUAUAAUUUCUAGGGCUCAUUCCUGAACAUGGCCUGUGUUUUCAGCCAGCUGAACCCCAUUUUACUGAAAUGUAGCAGUUACCUCAAUAGGUUUGCUUGCCUGGUUAGCCAAAAUGGUUGUAACAAGCAAUUAGGCCAAUGGCUGUCUGGUUGGACAUCCUCAUGGGCUGUUACCCCUGUGGCAAGCCCAAGUUCCACCCCUUUUCUAAAAAAAAUUUUCUUAAGGGAAGUAGGAUUCAAUGCUGGAAAAAUGCAACAUGCCCACUCAAUCAUAAUCACACUGGACUGGAGAUGGUUUCAUCAGCAUCAAUACACAAAUGAUAUGAUACUGUCUUCUGAGUUCGACUGCGUUGAAUGAAAAGAAUCGCCCCUAAAUGCUACUUUGAACGAGGGAAAGAACAUUUUACAGGUCAAAAAGAAGAGGGAAAAACAAUGUGUGGUGGGUCAGGAUCAGCACUCAGUAUGUUUCAAUUGUACUUGGUUGAAACGAUCACAAAGAAUGCUGAUAUUUUCCACAUGCUGCACGCGACAGUGAGCCCUAGUGGUCAGUAGGGGUAGUACAUGCAGUACCUCAGGCAUCGGUGGCUUCCGGGCAGAGUGGCAUGUCAGAGGCAAAGGGGCGUGGCUUUCCAGCAUGCAUAUCUGUUGAGGUUUUUUUUUUGUUUUUUUUUAAAUCGGCCACAGUAUUUAGUUGUUUGUCAACGAAGCAGGUUUUUUUUUCCAUAAAGAUGGCUGAUAAUUGCCUCUAAAAACUGAUGUGGGAUCAGUUUGGGUUACAUCCCCCUGACAAAAGCUUAACAGUAUGGUUUAACUGUUGAAUUUGAUCAUUCAAAGCGGGGCGACACUGUUUUGCGUGGUGGGAGGUUAACAGGGUGUGACGGCAGGAUGGAUGAGGGAUGAUGUAGCGGCGGACGGACAAGUGGACGGAUGUAUGUUGGUGUUUGGGUGAAUGAGUACACCCCAUAUAAGAUUUCAAAAUUCUUUAUUUUUUUAAAAUAAAACAGGGUUUCUCAGAUCAACAUUGCAGUAGUGCAUUUUCAUUUCUUCCUUUUCUUAUUGUUACAUUACCAUCACUAGCAGUAGAAAUAGUCACGCUUGGGAGUACUACUGUGUGUGCUUUAGUGUGAGUGUGUACUUUUGUGUGCUUACCUCUGUGUGUGUGUGUGUGUGUGUGUGUGUGUGUGCAUGCGUGCCCAUGUGUGUGUGUAUAUACACAUAUAUGUGUCUUU